GCUCUGAUACACGCUGCGAAUAGCUUAUCCAUUCUUGCGUACUGCGCCACGGUCGACCUUCCUUUGUUUUCAUUAACUUAUCGGAAAUGCCGAAUCUUAUCUGAAGGUCUCAACGACCAUUUUUAUCGAAUGGUGACUAACAUCAGUUGUUCGUUAAAAGAAGCUCGGAAUACAUCUCAUUAGUUUUAAAUAAUCGUUUUGUGAUCCUGCGUUUUGAGGUCUGACGUGGUUUUGACAAAAUGAGUGAUCCAGAAAGCGUGCUUGAUGAUGGAAUGGCCGAGGCCUUUUCGGAAAAGGCAAUCCGACUGGGAUUCAUCAGGAAGGUCUAUGGAAUUCUCUUCAUUCAGCUGCUCAUCACUUUUGGAAUAAUUGCCAUCUUUACCUAUGUCGACGAAGUCAAAACCUUCACUCAAGAUACUCCAGCACUCUUCUGGGCAGCAUUUGGUUUAACCUUAGCCAUGAUCAUUGUCCUCGGCUGCUGCGGAGAUAUUCGGCGAAAAUCUCCCCAUAACUACAUAGCACUUUUUGUUUUCACCUUGUGUGAGGGUUACCUGCUUGGUACUGCUUCUGCCCUCUUUGAUGCCAAGGCUGUGGCUUUGGCCAUUGUUGUCACUCUGGUGAUCGUCUUGGCCCUUACUCUCUUCGCAUUCCAGACAAAAUAUGACUUCACUUUGAAAGGAGGAUUACUGAUGGCUCUUCUCCUUAGCCUUAUGAUGUUUGGUAUAUUUGCUGGAAUCUUCCACAGCUACAUUGCAGAGGUGGUUUAUGCAUCGCUGGGGGCUCUUCUCUUUAGUGCGUACAUUGUUUUUGAUACUCAACUCAUUGUUGGAGGAAAACACAGAAUAGCCCUUUCACCCGAGGAAUAUGUCUUUGCUGCGCUCAAUUUGUACUUGGACAUUGUAAACCUAUUCCUGUAUAUAUUAACUUUAGUAGGAACACGUAACUAAACAAAAACAUUCAUAUUUCAAACAGGUAAAAUUUAUUUUUACCAUAACAACAAGCCAUAUCACAAACAGUGUUUUGAAACAGAAAGCACUGCAUAUCAUCAUAUUCAUCACUUCCAUACCAUAUGAUGAAAAUAUAAUCAGCAAAGGGAUAAAUACUCAAUGAACCAAAUAAAUCACCUUUACAAACCAAAUGGGAGAUAAAGUACUAGACAAGAUAUACAAACCCCCUAAUAUCAUAAAACAAAACAUAAUACCUAGUUAACUAACUUCCUGUAGUCUCACAAAAAAUAUUGAUUUCAGGUGACUAGUGUUUGUGAUCCAGGGGUAACAAGUAUGUGUGUUAUACUUUGGAAUACAGUUCUAUAUAGGGGAUCUGACCACAAAAAUCUAAUAGUAAUCGACAGUUCUCCUUUGCACUGAUUUUUUAUGGAUUAUCAUCAAGCUUUGAGCUCUGCACAAUACAGCAUCUCAAUAACCAUUUUCAUAUACACUACUGUACCAUGUAAAGACUGUAAUGAAUAUAAUGAAUUACUGUUAUUUCAGUGGAAAACCUAUGCAUUUAACUCCUCAACUUAUCAGCUACAUUAGUAUGACUUUAUGAAGAGAUGCUUUCUGUAUAUAAAUAUAUUUCCAAUGACAAGUGUUGAGGUUAGUUUAGCUUAUGCUAGAAAUUAUAAGAUAUUAUGGUUAGCUUGGAUUAUCUUGAAAGUAAAAGUGUAGGCUCAGAAUUGUAUUAAAGAAUUCUUUCAAGUCA